AUGAUCAAAGCCCAACCGACCCUUGAAGAUGUGGAUCUUUUCCGAAGAUUUGACUUGCUCUGGGACUUCCAGAAACAGAUUGAGCAACUACCCAAAGUGACUAACAACCGCUCGGAGAAGAGUUGCGCGACAACCCGCAUCCGAAAUGGCAAAGAAUAUCAUGUGGUGACCGAACAAAGUGGGUUUGAAACGAGAACUGAUGGCCAUCUCCGCGUGAACGGUGGGGAGAUUAAUGAGGAAUCGUCGGCAAUCCUCGAGACCAAAGUUAGUAUCAGAUCCGCUGCUUCGACCAUGGAUUCAAGAAAGUCCGCAAAUGGCUGGCAGCAUGGAUACAAGUUGAACCGGACAAAUUAG